AUGAAGGUCUUCGCAAAUCCACUAGAGAAACCAACCCAUAUCAGCAGGGCCGGACCUCCCCCGGCCCAGGGCCGUCCCCUGAACCAAAACCCUCCAAGGAGACAGCGGCAGGAGCGCACGGUCUACACUCGCAGCCAGCAGGAAGAGCUAGAAGCUUGCUUUCAGGAGAAGCAGUACCCGACCUUUGACGAGCGACUGGAGCUGGCGCAGAAACUCGACCUCGAGGAGCACCAAGUGCAGGUGUGGUUCAAGAAUCGUCGCGCCAAACUAGCCCGGGAGCGGCGGCUCCAGAAGCAGCCCCAGAGCGGCCCAGGGCGGAGAGGCCGCGGAGCCCGGGCUGCGCCCCCAGACCCUGCAGGCGCUGCCUCCGCCCCUGGGGGUCCUGAGUUCCCGCAGGGCUGGGAUUCCUGGAUGUCCCCUCAGCCGGGCCCCUCGGGAAUCCUCCCAGCAGGAAAACCCACGACCUACAGCCUCCACCAGGCCUGGGGCGGUCCUGAGCGAGGCGCGCUGAGUGGCUUCCUGGCUGGCCCGGGUCCAGGCCCCGGCCCGAUCCCAGCCCCACUCCGUGGCCCAAUCUCAGCCCCAGCUCAGAUCCCAGGCCGGAUCCCGGGCCCCAUCCCAGGCCCAGCCCAGUUCCCAGGCCCAAUCCUAGCCCCAAUUCCAGGCCCAAUCUCAGCCCCAGCUCAGAUCCCAGCCUGGAUGCCAGGCCACAGCCCAGACCCAGCCCAACUGCAAAUAUUCAGUCUGAGCAUGGACCAGGCCUCCCAGCUGAAGAGCGCUGCCCUGAACCCCUCCACUCUUUCGAGUGAUACCAAGCUCAUCUGCUUCUUGGACUGUCCAGAGGACGACCCGUGGAGCCAGGUGAGGCGGCAUCUGCAGAAUCUCAGCCGGGUCAGCGACGCGUUGAAGGGGACGUGGGACAUAUUGGUGGAUGGUGUCAAACCCUUUGCAAGCUUGUGCUGGUACCUUCUCAUGCCUCCUCGAAGGCUGUGA